CAGUGACGUCAGAAGCAGUUACUAGGCGACCAAGAGCAGCAUUUCCGCCCCAGAGAGGAAGUGGCCGUUAUUUAAACCUUGGGCGGCACCUGAGUGGGAGCACAGCAACUGGUUCAGUGGUUCCUGGGGCCUCAACAUGUCACUGAGAGACAGGCAGUUCAGGGAGGAACCUUCAGAGAAUGCCCUGCCAUUGGUUAGAAACCACUUCAGACAUUCCACACAGCACGACCAAUCGUAUGAGCCCCUGGAAGCCUCUGGCCAAUCCGGUGACAUUGAUUUUGUCUCUGAGCAUUCACAGGGCAAUAUGUCUAUAACGGUCUCGGAAGAGGAGCUGCGACAUGAGCUUUCUCUGCUGGGUUUCUCCUAUGUUCCCCGCCAGAGGCUUCUGGAAUUCAAGAAAGAUCUAGAGCGUCUGAUGAAUCAGGGUAGUGUGGCAGCAUCCCCAGAAACAUCAAGGCUGGAAAAUGAGAGCCUUUAUGAGACAGCCAACACAACAGCAGCCCGCCCUAUGGAAAGCAGUGGCUGGCAUCAGACUUCAGCCUGGCCCACCACCUCCUCCUCCUCAACCUCCAGCAAUGAAUGGUGCAAUCAACAGAGAAACCAAGACUCCUACACUAAACACACAGUGAGCUUAGGGGGAAACAUGCCAGCAACAAAGAAAGCACCACAAAUAACACGUAAAGUACUGCGCAGAAAAAGUGAUGGACAGACACAUGUAAGUGACGAGUCUUUUCUUUACACGGAGACGGAAGAGGAGGAUACUGGGAGCUCCAUUGUGGACUUUCAGUCUGAAUCAUCUGGCCGCUCCUCAGCUAGCUGUGUCAAAUCCUUCAUCCGCCCUCCCCCAUAUUCUCUCCUGGAUCAGUACCGCCAGCGCUCAGAUCCUGUUGGCCGGUACCAGGAGUACAAACAAAAGUGGGACGCCUUACAGGUGGCACUAGAACGGAACAGAAAGGAGCUUCGCUGGGGGAUCAGGGAGCAAAUGAUGUCGGCACCCCCCCAACCUGCUGCUCGCUCUGUUCCACUACCCAACACAUACGUCAUCCCCACAGACAAGAAAAGGUACGCCCUGCGCUGGGCUGUCCGACGAGACCUGAUAAAUGGGGUGAUGCCCCGGGAAAGCUAUUCCUAGGGGUAACGCCGAGCCUUUGUGUAUGUGUGAAGAAAAGAGUGCACUCAUGCGUGUGUUGUUUUUAUAAAUUGUAUUUUAAAUAAAAUCAAGCUUUCCUAACAGUA